AGCAAUUACAAUAAUAAUAUUGUGGAUAUCGUCAUAAAGAAUUAUGGAAAAACUUCACGAGUAUCAAGGUGUGUCGGGUCAAUUACAUGAAAUACGCGACGAUCUACGUUCAAAACUCUCAUCUUGGCGUGAAACUCACGACGGUGAUAAUAUUGUUGAUUUAACGAAAAAUUAUGCAAGAAACAUUUCAACGGGUCGUCGUGAGAACGGAAAGGAUAAUGACUUUUCCCACAUCUACAGUGUUAUGGGUAUUGAAUUUGCAUACGCAUCUGAAACAGCAUUUGUAUCACCGACAUUACUGAAAAUUGGAGUUCAACAUCAACACAUGACACUGGUUUGGGCACUUUCACCCCUUAUUGGAUUUUUUCUCACUCCAUUCUUAGGAUCACUAAGUGAUAGAUGCAACCAUCCCAUGGGAAGACGACGUCCAUUCAUUAUUUUGCUAUCGAUUGGUGUCCUUUUGGGUCUUAUACUUGUUCCGAAUGGCGAAUAUCUUGGCUACUGUAUGGGAGAUUUCUAUUCGACUGACUUCAUUAAUGAGACAAUUUCAUUAAAUACAACGGAAACAAAUAAAAUCCUUCCUCAUCGAACAACAGCAAUUGAUUCCGAUGAGGAGUUUACGGAAAUGUUGACAACUGAAAGCUCGUCGCACUCUUGGGGCAUAUUCUUUACGAUCUUGGGAACAGUAUUAUUAGAUUUUGAUGCUGAUGCAUGUCAAUCACCAGCUAGAGCUUAUUUACUUGAUGUGACACAAUCGGACGAUCAUGCACGAGGUUUAUCAACAUUUACGAUAAUGGCUGGACUUGGUGGAGCAAUGGGAUAUUCUCUUGGCGGUAUUAAUUGGGAUGCAACAAAAAUUGGAAUAAUGUUGGGUGGACAUGUUCGGGCUGUAUUUACAUUAAUUACAUUCAUUUUCAUAAUCUGCGUGACAGUGACAAUAACUAGUUUUCGUGAAAUUCCAUUGGCAAUGCUCGAAUCAUUUUCAAUAAUCAAUGGAGAUGACGAUAAACGAGGUCCAGCAACGUCGUCGUACGGAACAAUGGAAAAUAAUGAACAGAAUGAGAAAGAUGAGACUACGGUCAGUGUAGAUGAGAGGAAGAAGAGUUUAACAUUGAAUUUGGGUAAAGUUAAUGAAGGAUAUUCAUCAUUGCCGGGUGAAAAUAUUGCUGAGACUUCAUUUACGUCAAAUAACUCAUCUCAACCCAAAGUAAUUCAUCAUGAGGAGCCUGUUCCAUCAUUAUCACAUUAUCUCAUGUCCAUUAUUCAUAUGCCACGAUCACUCCAAAAUGUCUGUAUAACAAAUUUCUUCUGCUGGUCAGCGCAUGCUGCAUAUGGCUCAACAAAAUAUAAUGCUUAUGAGGAAGGCGUACGAUUCGGAUGUUUCGGAAUGGCAAUGUAUUCACUUUCAUGCGCCUGCUAUUCCCUCAUCAUUGAGAAACUCAUUUGGAGAUUUCGUGCAAAGAGAGUUUAUAUCGGUGGUUUAUUGUUUUAUAGUUUAUCGAUGACACUAAUGGCACUAACGAAACACAAAUUAGGAGUUUUGAUUUUCAGUUGGGGUGCGGGUGUUAUGUAUUCUACAUUAUUUACGAUGCCAUACUUACUUGUUGCCCAUUAUCAUGCACAAGGGAUUGGAGACAGUAGCUUUUUGAAUAACUUUGAGCUUUCUGAAACAGGAGAAUCUAAAUAUUCAGCUGAGAGCAGAGGCAUUGGAACGGAUGUUGCAAUAGUUUCAUCAAUGGUGUUCCUUGCUCAAUUCCUUCUAUCAUGCUUCAUGGGACAAAUAGUCUCUUUCUAUCAAACCACAACUGCUGUAUGUUCUACUGCUGCAUUUCUCGCAUUCUGUGGAGCAAUAAGUGCUAGUAAUAUCAUGUAUUUAGAUUUGUAA